UCUUCUCGACUCCAGCUUAAAUCAUAGGGCGACAAUGGGUAUAGAUCUGGUUGCCGGAGGCAAGAGCAAGAAAACAAAGCGAACGGCUCCAAAAUCUGAUGAUAUCUAUCUCAAGCUUCUCGUUAAGCUCUACAGGUUCUUGGUUAGGAGAACUGGGAGCAAAUUCAAUGCUGUCAUACUGAAGAGGUUGUUCAUGAGCAAGGUCAACAAGCCACCCCUAUCACUGUCGAGAUUGAUUGAGUUCAUGAAAGAGAAGGAAGAUAAGAUUGCAGUGGUUGUUGGGUGCGUUACUGAUGAUACACGAGUUUAUGAAGUUCCUGCUUUGAAAGUGACAGCUCUAAGGUUCACGGAGACGGCCAGAUCUAGGAUUCUGCAGGCUGGAGGUGAAUGUUUCACUUUUGAUCAACUUGCUCUGAAGGCACCUCUGGGACAGAACACGAUUCUUCUGAGGGGCCCGAAGAACUCAAGGGAAGCAGUGAAGCACUUUGGCAAGGCACCAGGUGUGCCCCACAGCCACACCAAGCCAUAUGUUCGCUCCAAGGGCCGGAAGUUUGAGAAAGCUAGAGGGCGUAGGAAUAGUCGUGGGUUCAGAGUCUAAGCCCUUUUACUCCAGUUUUGAGCCAUUGACCUGGUUGAUUGCAGCAAUUUUCGGGG